UCUCUUGAUAAUAAGCGUGGCAAGUAGUUAAAGAUGUUUCGUAGUGUAGUGUUUUGUAGUUUUUGGGCCCUAAAGCGCUCUAAUUUCGUCUUAAAAGUGUCCGAUAGAUUGUUGACGAAUGAGCGGGUGGUGACAUAGAAAACUGUGAAAACUCUCAGUUGACACCCACAAAUCCCUCACAUCUCUUGUUAUUUUGUAUCACUCAGCGUUUUAAUACUCUUUAAAUAAUGUUCGAUAGCGAUGUAUACCUAGCCUCAGCAAGCUCUACCGAGAGUUGUAUUACAUCGAAUUUAAGUUGCAACGAAGAAAUAGAACUUGCAAGUACGGUUGAGACCUACGAAGGACAACCAAGUGAAUCAAACGAAGAUUUCGACUAAGACCUACCAAGACGGUUACUCGUCUGCAGUGUUCAUGUCAAGAUUGUAAGAAAAACUCCCAUGACUGAAUGUUUGUGUUUGUUUUCUGUGGCAAAAUCUAUGUUGAGAAUGGGUAGCUGUGUUCGUUUCUGUCGCCAUAACAUAUUGUUGCUUCUCAUUAAGAGCGGUGAAGGUUCCCCUUGCUUAGCGUUCGUUUGAGCAAACAAAAAGCCAACUUUUGAGGGCAACAUCGAGAGAAUCUGCUGUAUUACGAAGCGUGACGACCUUUCGCCGAGAAGUCAUCUGCCAGUUUUACUGCAAGUUGCUCCUUUCAUCUGAGAUUGCAGACAGAGGCUAUGGUCGUCGAACCGGGCAAACGGAAAACGAGUGAGCUUAUAGUCCUCUGAUUCAAGUUCAUCUCUAAUGUGGAUUUUAAUAGAGAAAAACUUCUUUGGUUUAAGUGCAGCAAGUCGCAAGACCAAUUUCGCCCACUGGCAAAUAACUGACAUCAGUGUUGUAAAUUAAAAGUGCAUAUAAUGCCUAGAUUUUCACACCACUUGUGUUUCACAGCUAAUCUCGUUGCACUGCAGCUAUCACAAUGACCUUGCUAUUGUUGCUAGCUUUAUUCUCUUGAGGGCAGGGGGGAGGGGGGUUGAUGGCUCUUGAGGUGCAUCGUAAACCCAGUUUGGGAGAGUACACGGCCCCCUUCGAAUUUUUGUUUAGGCCAGGAUCCGCUAGAGGUUUCACACUGUUCAGGCGACAGGAUGUUAGUGAGAUUAGGAAAGAGCUUGACCUCUAUUACAAAUGGCGUAUCAUCUGUUAUUAAAGUAAUAUGGAAACUACAAUUGGUAGGAUUUUCAAACGACAAGAAAAGUGCAAAUGUAUUAAUGGAGAGACAAGGCUAUGAGUACAUCUCAAACGCGUGAAGUAAACGACGACAAGAAGCUCUCCAUUCUUCAGACGAAAAGAAUGUGGAACAAUCAGGUCCGGUGUUGGAACAGGCCCUUUAAUCAGCAUCAUUAAGUUAGCUGAAUUCAUUGGCCGUCUCCCCUGAUUUGACUAGUGGUAUGUGUUCGUAACAUCCGUCUUCGAAUCCGGAACGGAGCAUAAGGCCGAAGGCUUUAAAGAGCAAAAUAUCCUCGAUGUCGACGAUCAAACCGGUCCAUUUUAGCCAAACAGCGACAUCCUUUGGAAAGCAGGGUAUAGAAAUACCCUGUGUGUGAUUCACGCCUACGAUGCGAAGCGUUACUAAACUUGAAGGUUACUGAUGUACAGAAAGCCGAUUUAUUUUUGGACUGGUUGCCAAUGGUAACAGUCAAACUACAAUUCUGGCCGGCAGUCCACGCAUCUCUACGCGGCCUUUUUGCGGAUGUCUUCUGUUGACUUUUAGACCAGUAUUAAAUUUGUCGCGUCUAUUUAAAUAAAAAAGGCUACUUCGUCCCCAGAUUCCCUGCGACAGCAUUCUGGCGCCAAAACAGGGUAACUACACAAGAGGUUAUUUAUAUGAAGUAUAUAUUAAAAAUCCUUAUUACCCCAAGUGCAACUCAUAUGUGUGCAUUCUUAUUGAAGCUAGCAUUAUUUGUCGUUCCUGCCUUGCAAUACGUUCGGUCCCUUCUUGAUUUCUCCUAUCUUCACCAUAGUUGCCGACGUGUCUUCACAGUUUUCUUCGUCACAGCUUUGUAGCAUGAUCGUUUUGGCCGCGCGAUGAAUUAGACACCUUAUUGGUCGCCAAAUCGUACUUUCGAUGCGCAAAAAAAUGGUCAAAGAGAACCCGCUAGGCGCGUAGGUCUAUCAUCUCAGACUUGAAACACAAAUAUCAACCAGAAGACGCAUCAUAGUGUCAAAGGCACUUUAAAGAGUUUUAAACUAAUAAUUAUGUUCAUUUUAAUUACAAGAGCGCAUCUGUUGAAUCUCCUUUUUAUUUUGCCGUUUGCAGUUCUCAAAACUAUGAUACAUGUUGAUUUUCUGUGGUUCCUUUGGUUAUUUAGAAAAAGAGCUUAUAAUUGCCCUUAUCAUUCCUACCGUCGUUGUGGUGCUUUUCUGUUGUUGUCUUUUGCCAUGGUGGGUGGCAAAGAAAUGUAAAAAAGACCGCAAAGAAACUGUUUCUUCUAGUGACGCUCAAUCACUCUCCAGUAAUCACGGCUCCCUGUCAGACGGUGAACCACGUGAUUAUGUCAUGCCAGGACCUCAGCCUCCAGUGCCUGCAAAUGCUGUCGUAGACAACUCUCGAAAGAAAGACAAAAAGAAAAAUAAGGAAACUGCCGAGCAGAAGCCUGUUGACGAUCAGUAUGCUUUAGUGGACAAGUCUAAGAAGAAAAAGAAAAAUGAAGUGGAUAACACCUACGCUGAAGUCGACAUGUCAAAGAAAUCAAAAAAGCCCAAGCCCGGUGAAGUUCUUUACGCUGACAGGGGUGAAUUCCAUCAGAUGAAGAAAAUGCCUGAAGUAUCCACCUCCCCGAAAACCCUGCCUCCGAUCAAACGGCCGGAAGCUUAUGUUGAAACACAGUAUGCCGACAUUACCCAGCAUCUGAAGGGAAACCCUGAAGACACAGGUGCUGAGCUUCCCAAAGAGAGAACCACCCCAGCUGUCAGUAUUACUGCCACUGGCAGCAAGGUGGAAUCCUCAGCUGGGAACACAGAGGCAACUGACGAGACACAAUUUUAGUCUCAACUGAGGUUGUAAAACGUUAGAGGAGCAGCAGUUGUUUCACAAGACAAUGGAAAUCGUAGCCUUAGUGAUUAAUUCUCAUGUUUCUUAGUUAUUUUCCCGCAGGCAUAAAAAUUUAUCAUAAAGUAGGAUAAAUUUUGCGUGAUGUAUUUUUAUAACACCGUAAGAGUUUAGUAUUGUUAAGAUGCAAGUGUGCGUACGAUUUGUUGCUUCGUAAAACAAGCGUUUCGUAUUUCUUUUGUUUUGGUUUUUCUUUUUGUUUUUUAUUUUUUUUCUUGUUUUGUCGUACGGUGUGGUUUUUGAUUUUGAAUAAUCGUUUACCUAUAUGUUUUUGGAAUUUAAAAUGCGAACUUGUGAACGUCAAUAGAGUCCUAAAGUGUGACGUCACGUCACCAUGGCCCAAAAAAUUUCAGUUCUAAACAAUACGGAUUAUCUCAUGCGCGUGGGUCACGUAGCCAUUGUGUGGAGGUGUUUUGCAACAAAGGAAGUUUCGAAGACUUACCCCUCGGUCAUACUCGCUCUUGAAAUCACUCUGAAGCAUGCUUGCUUGUGACGUCAGACAAGCAAACCCAAGCACGAGCUAGAGAUUGGAGCAAGCGGGAUCUGGUCACAUUGAAAGAACAACAGCCUGCUUAUUUUUGUCGCGGAGAUCGAGAUGUCAAACAAUGCUUCACCUGAUUGGUCAAUUGUUUAUCUAGCUUAGCUCAAGAGCACUCCGUAGCGCUCUUGUGUUAAGCUGCGUUUCUCUUGAAGUUUAAGCAGCUCCGCCUUCUUUCUUAAGCAAGCAAGCAUUGCCAAGUUUGGUCGGUCACAUUUAUAACAAGCUACGAAUUUGCUAGAUAAACAAAAAUUGACCAAGCAAGCAUGAUCCUUGCGCAAGUGUAACCGAGGGGUAAUAAAGGUUAUUUCCAUUUUCAAAAUGGUCACCUUUGUUAAGAAAAAGGAGUUUUUUGGGUUAAAAUGGUGUACUGCUUUGCCCCAUCAUGCAGCCAUUCAUCGGAGAGCCAUACAUGCAAGUUCUUCGCUUUUCCAAGCGCAGACAAAGGAAAGGAUGAGUUCAAACAAUGGAUCCGUCUGAUUAGGUUAAAGACAGUAUUCAUGGAAUUUCUGUUCUCUUGGAAAUAACGUAAAUGACGUAAAAGUACGGCAAUUUUGAGCGAAUGCGCUUAUUUCAUCAACUCGGUCAAUCCCGUGGAAAUUUACGAUCGUCGCAUGUCGCACAGUUGCAUGUGGUGUUUAUCCUUGAUUUAUGAGUGCUUUUGUACAAUGUAUCACGCUUUUUUUUAAAAUAUGCGUUACCCCAAAUUGUGAACCCUAAUUGAGCCUGAAUCGAACUGUUACAGGGGGCAACAUAAAUUUGUGAUCACCAUGGGCUAGCAGAAAUCUUUGAGGCGGUGAAUUCUUGGGAAAUGUCAAAACUAAAUAUUUCUUACAACAGAUCACAAUUUAAUGGAAAUUCUUUGUUUUGCUUAUAAUCUGUUUCGUAACAUAGUUUAUACAUAGAUGAAAAGAUAAAAUCUACCGAUAUACCGGAAUGGUAGCCUUUUUUCAAAAAUAGCUCCCAUCUCAUACAACUUGCAGCUCAGUUGUAGGUAUUUUCCUUAAAAUUUUGCAAGUAUAAUCAAUCAACUUCAUAGCGACCAUAACGCAUAUUUUUUUGACUGGGUAGAAAACCCUUAUAAACAUAGGUAGUCAAAAAUUGGAAAGUGAAG